UGCAGUGGGAGGGCUGAGGCUUUUCUUCCUAGGCUGGUGUCAGGGGUGGAGGAACUAGGUCUGUUUUCUACGGACUGGUACAGAACCCAGCCGAGCCCUCAAAAGUAGCUCUUGCGUGAAAGGUGCCUCACAGCAGCCAUGGAGAAAAUCAAGCUAGCCGUGGAUCGGGCCCGGGCAGCUUUCAACACAGGGAAGACGCGUCCCUUGGAGUUCAGAAUCCAGCAGCUGUUGGCCCUCAAGAAGAUGAUAAAGGAGAAGGAAAAGGAAAUCGCGGCCGCCCUCAUGGCAGACCUCCACAAGAACGAGCUCAACGCUUUCAGCUACGAGAUUAUGGGCGCUCUGGGGGAGAUUGCUCUGAUGGUGGACAAACUCCCUGAAUGGGCUGCCCCUCAGUACGUGGAGAAGACCAUUAUGACGAUGACUGACGAGACCUACAUCCACCGUGAGCCGCUGGGUGUGGUCCUGGUCAUCGGGGCAUGGAACUACCCUUUCAUCCUCGUCAUACAGCCGCUUAUUGGGGCCAUCGCCGCAGGGAACGCUGUCGUGCUUAAGCCGUCCGAGGUCAGCGAACACACGGCCAAGCUCUUCGAAGAAAUCCUCCCCCAGUACCUGGACAAGGAGCUGUUCCCGGUCGUCAACGGAGGCGUUCCGGAGACCACAGAGCUUCUGAAACAGCGGUUUGACCACAUCCUCUACACAGGCAACAGCACAGUGGGGAAAAUCGUCAUGGAGGCUGCCGCCAAGCACCUGACACCUGUCACUCUCGAGCUGGGAGGGAAGAGCCCUUGUUACAUUGACAAAAACUGUGAUAUCGACAUGGCGUGCAGGCGGAUCACAUGGGGGAAAUUCAUGAAUUGCGGACAGACCUGCAUCGCCCCCGACUACAUUUUGUGCGACCCGUCCAUCCAAAACCAAAUAGUGGAGACUGUUAAGAAGACGCUGAAGGAAUUUUACGGCGAGGACAUGAAGAAAUCCCCGGACUACGAGAGGAUUGUGAACAAACGCCAUUUCAAGAGACUCAUUGGCCUCCUGGAAGGGCAGAAGAUCGCUUACGGCGGGGAAGCGGAUGAAUCCACGUGCUUCAUAGCACCAACCAUUCUCACGGACGUCAGCCGGGAAUCCAAGGUCAUGCAGGAGGAGAUCUUCGGCCCCAUCCUGCCCAUCGUCACCGUCAAGGGCCUGGACGACGCCAUCCAGUUCAUCAACCAGCGAGAGAAGCCCCUGGCCCUCUACGUCUUCGCCGACAACAAGAAGAUAAUCAAAAGGAUGAUUGCAGAGACUUCCAGCGGAGGGGUGACGGCCAAUGAUGUUCUGAUGCACUUUACUCUCCCUUGCUUCCCGUUUGGAGGCGUUGGUAACAGCGGGAUGGGGGCCUACCAUGGCCGGUACAGCUUUGAGACCUUCUCCCACAAACGCGCCUGCCUCGUCCGGGCCCUCAAGAUGGAAGCUGUCAACAACCUCCGCUACCCACCCAGCAGCCGCAAGAAGGUAGAUUGGGCCAAGUUCUUUGUCCUGCAGAAGUUCAACAAACGCAAGAUUGGACUCGCCCUCCUGGCAGUCUUGGGCAUCCUGGUGGCCGUCGUGGUCAAGAACGGCCGGGUUGGGCUAGGGAUUAAGACCUUGCUGGCUGCAGUGGCCACACAGAGAAUGUGGAACCUCGGUAGGAAGUGAUGAAACCCAUACUCAAAGCCGGUGCCGUUCGGGGGAGGUCGCGUUUUUCUGAGUCCAGGGUUCACCGACACCAUUGACGGAACAAGUCGUGUUAUACAAGCUGUUCUCACCGGGUUAAGGGGGCUGGUUGCUAAAGCACACUUCUGUAAGGAAUUUUGCCAUUUCUUUUUAAUCCUUAAACACACUAAAAAGUCAGGAGGAGGAUCUGAGCGACAGUCUGCGCCCACAGCCUCCCGCUGUAAACGAGGGCGUUUUAGGCAGCGAAACUGAAAAGCGCUGUCAAUAUUCUCGCUGCUGUUCUUGAAGGACUCUUCACACACACAAAAUAUGUCUGAGGUUUUUUAAAAAGAAAGAAGUGGCCUUGCUCUGUGCCAGAUGGGCUGAUACAUCAGUCCCCGUCUCACCUCUUUGGCUUAGGUUGUCUUUGAAAUAAUAAUCAAUAAUCAGAAACGAGGAACGUGAAAUGCUCCAAAAGGAGGCUGAAAUCAGAAUGGGGUUGUGGUUUUGGGAAGGAGUGCAAUUGUACAGAAAAUAAACAGAUGAAAGCCUUCGAUAAAUGGGGUGCUGGUCCCAAAUUAAAUAAUUAAACAAAUUAAAUAAUAAUGGGGCAUGGGGUGUAUAUUCCAGAAGGCCUACUUGCCCAUAUAAUGAGGCUAGUCCUCAUCCGCCUUUACUCCCCUUCAGAAGGGUAAAUUUCCUGGUGAAAAUUGGGACCCUUAAACCGCUUCUGUCCCAGAGUUGUCCACGCAGAAACAGCGACGGAUUUCUGUGCCUCCUUAGGAUUACAGAGAGGGUUAGGGUAUCGCCUGGCAGUUGUCCCGCUGCAAAAUGAAAGGGCGCUGUGCGAGAGAGCAGGCUAGUUUCCCGCCUGACUCUGUGCCAAAUACCUUCUUGUAUCUGGUGGAGGUGGAGAACCUCUGGGCCUCUGGAUUUUGCAGGACCCCUAGCUCCCAGUAUCCCUGACCAGGCUGCCUGGGGCUGAUCUGGAGCUGGGAGUCCUGCAGAAUCCAGAGGGGCUGCAGGCCAGCUGCCCAGUCUGAUUUGGCUUGCAAAGUGACACCAGCCCCGCGAAGCGGCCUUAGGGUGUGUUUGUGUGACCGAUUUCAGGCCGCACUCCUCGACGCCCAGAGGUGAGGAACCUGUGGCCUUCCAGAUGUCAACCCCAUCACAUUUAAAGCACUAUGAUGCCAUUUUCAAAAGUCAUGGCUCCCCCCCCCCAAAAAAAAUAUUAUGGGAGCUGUAGUUGGAUAAGGGUGCUGGGACUUGUUAGGAGAUUCCAAGUUCCCCUCCCAGAACUACAGUUCCCAGAGUUCACUGCAAAGAGGGAGGAGAAGAGAAAGGGUUUUGUUUUUUAAGAGAGAGGUUUCCGAGAUGGGUGUUUUAAUACAGCCUCUCCGCAACCUGGCAUCUUCCAAUAUGUUUUUGGACUACAAAAUCCAUCAGGUUGGCUGAGGCCGAUGGGACUUGUAGUCCCAACCCUCUGGAAGGCACCAGUGGAGGCUGGUCUGAUUCACUACAACUGACUCAUCCCAUUUCUGUGCUGGAAGGUGGAUUGAAUUCAACCAGAGCGAUCUAUAGAUUUGUUUCCAACUGACCUUUUCCAAGGACUUGUCUUCCUUUCAUUCUUUUCCCUUCAAAAUAAACACUUCUUACAUAAAGUAUUUUAGAUGCAGAGAACGAAAGAACUGACGUGAGUUUAGAAUUAUUAUCAAAAUAUUUUAUAUGGGAAGAUGGAUAUAUUUCUCUCUCUGUAUGUUUAAGAAAUGUGGGUGUAUCCUUGUAACUUACGCAAGCUGCAAAUAUAACAUGAUUAAACGAGAGUGGGUUGAA